AUGAAAAAUUUAAAAUUAAAUUUUGCGUUAUUAUUUUUCAUUGUCUUGAUACAUUUUAUUCAAGUGGGACUAACUCAAACUUCUUACAAUUUGCCUAAUGGAUGGUUUAAAGCUGGAUCUCAUCGAGAAAAUUACCUUAUGGGGGUUGAUUCCACGAUAUUUUAUGGGGAAGCUCCUGGAAGCAGCGGUUCUGUAAAAUCAAUUUCAAACUUUAAUGGCUUUGGUACUUUGAUGCAAAAUUUUUUUCCCAAAGAAUACCUCGACAAACGUGUUCGAUUAUCAGCAUUCGUAAAAUCCAAUAAUGUCACAGGUUGGGCUGGUAUGUGGAUGCGAGCCGAUACAGUGUCAAAUCAAUAUCUUGAUAAUAUGCUAAAUGUUUUAGAUAUUUCCGAAUUCGCGACUAAUCUUGCCUUUGGCAUUUUAUUAUCUGGUGAAGGAGAAGUUUGGCUUGAUGAAUGCAAAUUUGAGAUUGUAGAUCCCAAAAUUGUCAAUCUUACUGACGUAGUUGUAUUCGAUGAAGGCGUUGAAGCUAAUCCUAAUGCACUCCAAUAUCCAAUUAAUCUCUCUUUCUAA